AUGGAUAGUAAUAAUAAUAAUAACAAUGAAAAUGAAGCUUUUAGUGGAGCCAGUGAAAGUUCAGAAUUUCGUAAAAUUGUAGAAGAAAAUGAAAAUGAAAGAGAAUUUGAACAAUCAAAUCCUUCUCCACCAGAAUAUUCAAACUAUGAAAAUAAAGAUGAUGGAAUUAAUUUAGAAACAAUUAAUCCAAAUAUUUCAUUAGAUAAUAAUAAUAAUAAUAAUCAAAAUAAUCAAAAUAAUCAAAAUAAUAAUAAUAAUAAUAAUAAUCAAAAUAAUAAUAUUAUUAAUAAUUUAAAUAAAAAGAAUAAAAAAAGAUCAACAUUUAAAAAUAGAAUUGAUUUUUCAUUUAAAGAUAUAAAUCAUUAUGUUCAAAUUACCGAAAAAGGUAAAAAGAAAAAAAUAUCAAAACAAAUUUUAACAAAUAUUAAUGGUCAUAUUGAGAGUGGAACAAUUUUUGCAAUUAUGGGACCAUCGGGUGCGGGUAAAACCACAUUGUUGGAUAUUCUAGCACAUAGAUUAAAUAUUAAUGGUAGUGGAACAAUGUAUUUGAAUGGUAAUAAAUCUGAUUUCAAUAUUUUUAAAAAACUUUGUGGUUAUGUAACACAAAGUGAUUCAUUGAUGCCAUCAUUGACCGUAAGAGAGACAUUGAAUUUUUAUGCUCAACUAAAGAUGCCAAGAGAUGUUCCAUUAAAAGAAAAACUUCAAAGAGUUCAAGAUAUUAUCGAUGAAAUGGGCUUAAAUCGUUGUGCUGAUACAUUGGUUGGUACUGCUGAUAAUAAAAUUAGAGGUAUCUCUGGUGGUGAAAGAAGAAGAGUGACAAUCUCCAUAGAGUUGUUAACUGGUCCAUCCGUGAUUCUAUUGGAUGAACCAACUUCAGGUUUAGAUGCUUCAACAAGUUUCUAUGUAAUGUCUGCAUUGAAAAAGUUGGCUAAAUCUGGUAGAACUAUCAUUUGCACAAUUCAUCAACCACGUUCAAAUAUUUAUGAUAUGUUUGAUAACCUUUUAUUAUUAGGUGAUGGUAAUACCAUCUAUUAUGGUAAAGCAAAUAAAGCAUUGGAAUAUUUCAAUGCAAAUGGUUAUCAUUGUAGUGAAAAAACAAAUCCAGCUGAUUUCUUUUUAGAUUUAAUUAAUACUCAAGUUGAAGAUCAAGCUGAUAGUGAUGAUGAUGACUACAAUGAUGAGGAGGAAGAAAUUGGUGGUGGUGGUGGUGGUAGUGGUGGUGGUGCUGGUGGCAUUGAAGAUAUUGGUAUCUCAAUUUCACCAACUAUGAAUGGUUCUGCUGUUGAUAAUAUUAAAAAUAAUGAACUAAAACAACAACAACAACAACAACAACAACAACAACAAUCUACAGAUGGUAGAGCUAGAAGAAGAAUUAAAAAAUUAACAAAAGAAGAAAUGGUAAUUUUAAAGAAAGAAUAUCCAAAUUCUGAACAAGGUUUACGUGUAAAUGAAACAUUGGAUAAUAUUUCCAAAGAGAAUAGAACUGACUUUAAAUAUGAAAAAACUAGAGGUCCAAAUUUCUUAACUCAAUUCAGUUUAUUAUUAGGUCGUGAAGUUACAAAUGCUAAAAGACAUCCAAUGGCUUUUAAAGUUAAUUUAAUUCAAGCUAUUUUCCAAGGUUUACUUUGUGGUAUUGUUUAUUAUCAAUUAGGUUUAGGUCAAUCAAGUGUUCAAUCAAGAACUGGUGUUGUAGCAUUUAUUAUUAUGGGUGUAAGUUUUCCAGCUGUUAUGAGUACAAUUCAUGUUUUUCCAGAUGUAAUUACAAUAUUUUUAAAGGAUAGAGCAUCAGGAGUUUAUGAUACAUUACCAUUCUUUUUAGCUAAAUCAUUUAUGGAUGCAUGCAUUGCAGUAUUAUUACCAAUGGUAACAGCAACAAUUGUAUAUUGGAUGACAAAUCAAAGGGUUGAUCCAUUUUAUUCAGCAGCACCAUUCUUUAGAUUUGUAUUAAUGUUGGUAUUAGCAAGUCAAACUUGUCUUUCAUUGGGUGUUUUAAUUAGUUCAUCUGUUCCAAAUGUUCAAGUUGGUACAGCAGUUGCUCCAUUGAUUGUAAUUUUAUUCUUUUUAUUCAGUGGUUUCUUCAUUAAUUUAAAUGAUGUUCCAGGUUGGUUGGUUUGGUUCCCUUAUAUCUCCUUCUUUAGAUAUAUGAUUGAAGCUGCAGUAAUCAAUGCCUUUAAAGAUGUUCAUUUUACUUGUACCGAUUCUCAAAAAAUUGGAGGUGUAUGUCCAGUUCAAUACGGUAAUAAUGUCAUUGAAAAUAUGGGUUACGAUAUUGAUCACUUUUGGAGAAAUGUUUGGAUUUUGGUUUUAUAUAUCAUAGGUUUCAGAGUUUUAACAUUUUUAGUAUUAAAACUUAAAUCUAGAAAUAAGUUUAAACAAGAAUAA